CGCGCAUGUGAGCAAAGAUUUUACCAGACUUGCGCAGGAACUACAGUGUGUGUGUGUCAUUGAUCGAUCCUUCCUUUUAUUUUAACGUUCAUGUUUUUUAACACAAAUGGCGGCUGAUGGUCUGCGUCCCAACUGAACGAACCGUAGGGGCUAGUGGUGUGAAAUUCCUAUGGCAAUUGUUUUACUCUCAAGUUGCUCCACAAAAGUUAUUAGUCCAGUGUGUGUGUGUACUAGGGGCCAGCCCGGAAAUAGUUGGAAAAAUAUUCGACUCGACGAGAGGAUUAUGACCACGUGAUAUCAUGUCGACUAAACUUGAUUCGCUCGUGUUAUUGGUGACAAUUUCGGCUCUGCUUUGGACGACCGGACACGGCCAGUUGUGGGUCAAAGAAAAUGAUUCGAGUGGUUUCGAUAUUGCUCACAAUCAAGAGCCUCUAUUAACGAGGAGGAUCAGACAAUUCAGUGGGCCCUCAACAACAACAAUCACCGAUAAUAAUAAUGGUCAACCAAAUCAGAAUCAUCCGCCGUUGACUUGCCAUCAGUGUAGAAGCUUCGAGGACGGAGACCAGUGUAUCCAUCUAGCGGUCAAUUCUAGCAUCUUCAACGAACCAUGUGGCUCUCAACACACAGCAUGCAUGGUCAAAAGAUUCUCCUACACGGAGAAUGCCACGUCGCCAUUGGCACUCUGGUACAUUGAACGAAACUGCUCUGCUAAAUGUGAGCCUGGAUGUUUAAUUCUGGGAGAAAGGACCAAGCUUUACGCCUGUAUCUCCUGCUGCAAAGAGAAACUUUGCAAUAUCGGAAAUGACGCCCACCACUUGAUUUUCGACCACCGACUUGCCGCCAUCGUCUUUCUCCUUUGGAUUUUCUUCAAAACUGAGCAGAGGACCUGAAUCGAUCUCGACAAUUUGGCGCCAAAUAUUCGAUUACAAUUGCCAAUCCACCUGGUGGCGAUACAAACGAUUACGUCUGUUGGUUUCGCCAGUAAAUUUUUUCAAAUGAAUUACCGCACAAAAAGGCAAUUAUGAACAAACCAAAUAAAAACAACUUGACAAUUCCUUGAUAUUAACUAUUUGCUCGCAUAAUAAUAAUGUAUUCGUUUAAACUUUCCAAGAUUAUAUGUUACAAUAUCCACAAUUAAAACGGGAGCUGUACAGACCAAAAACUAGAACGAUUGAACACACACGUUAUCGAUUUAUGUAUACUAAUAUGUCAAACGAGAAUUCAUUAGAAAACUUGAAGGCCAGAUAUUUACGUUUGUCGGUUAUCUUUCUUUCAAAAACAAUUCAGAGAUCCCUUUUUAGUAAAUAAAUAUACAUAAUAUACACAAAUAUUUAUAAUUAUAUAUAUAGAUAAUAGAUAAUUAGAUAGUAACCUGUUUAGGAUUAAUCGUGCGUUUAG